AUGGACGAAAGUGCUUAUCAAUCAUGGAAGAAAAAAAGAGAACGUACAUUUUCUGCUUACUCGAUUCAAUAUUUCGCGGUUGGAUUUGAAAGAGCUGCAAUAUUUUCAACCUUAUGGAUAUACUUAACAACUUUGAUAGGACCUAAAAAUCCGGAAUUAUUUUUUGGACUUAUUAGUUUGGUGUAUUGUGUGCCUUCCGUAUUGUUCUCUACGGCUGUUGCAAGGCAUGCAGAUAAAACGAGAAAAAUAAAGGUCAUUAUACUAUUGUGCAAUUUUAUCAGCAUGACUGGAUGUAUUAUAUAUGUCAUGCCGAUAUCGCCUUAUUAUCCUUUCAUUGGUCAGAUUUUAAUGGGAGCAAACGCAAUUGUCAGACCUAUAACACGAGCAGAAAUUGCAAGAUCGUAUUCAGCAGAUGAAAUGAGAAAGAAGACACCUGUUCUCAUGGCAUUCUUUUUCGUUGGAUUUGCAUCUGGUCCGGUCAUUGUUCAAUUUAUACAACAUGUUGAUUUAACUUUAUUUGGUCUGCGUAUUACAAUGGGAAACUUACCUGGCUUUAUAACUCUCUUGUGUAUUGUUGUUACUCAAGUUUUUGUCAUACUUUUAGCAACUGAUCUUUCAAAGGAGUAUGAUUUGAAAGAAGCAACUGGAAAUGAGAAAUGCAAACUCAAAACUUACGAGAAAGAAACAUUUCUGCACGUGUUGAAAGAUGUACUCAAAACAUUUGAUGUUCUCUUUGUAAUGAUAAUGACGAUGAUUGCUGAAUUCUUCCAAAUUGCCUUCGUAGCAAGUUUUCCUAUAAUCACUAGUCUGUUGUACUUUCCCCAUUACUUUGUCACCAUUUUCUACAUUCUCUUCGCCGUCAUAGUCUUUGCAAUCAUUGCAGCAUUGACAAGCACAAAGGUUCAAGGAAGAACUAUUUAUAUGUCUGGUUUGAUCAGCAUCAUGGUUGUAUUGAUAGCUGCAGUUAUUCAAACCGCAUUGAUAAAGGCACAGUUAAAUACUUUAGGUAAUGUAAUACUCACAAUUUUGCUGGCCAUCGCUGUACCUGUAGCAGAAAUCGGAGAACAAAUUUUUCUUGUUAUUGUGGCCGCCAGUCUUGUAUCAUCCAAACAUCAGGCUUAUGUCGAGAGCAUAAGAAACACACUAAGACAAAUUGGUUUUAUGUUGGGAAGCUUAGUAUCUGGCUACCUUGUGCAUUAUUCUUAUGUGUUUUUAAUUUUUGUAACAGUUAUGUGCUUGAUUCAGGUGUUUAUAAUAAUUUUAAGAAGAAAAACCUUUGAGAAUCCAGAGGUUGUCAUAUAG